ACGUACAUAAAUUAUUCGGACAGAAAAUGGAUUUUAACCACAUCAUAGAAGAAGCAUCAGAAAAUAGUCCUGUAACUAAAAAAGAUAUUGAUUUGCUUGAGAAAAGGAUAUUGGACCGUAUAAAACAGUCGGAAAAUAAAAUACUGAAAGAAAUAGACCACAAUCAAAGAUCCAUAAAGAGGGCCCUGACACGAAUUUUGCAAGAAACAAAAGAAACAAAGCAGACUACAAAGACAAACCACAAAUCACGAAGUGAGCUGCUCCUGAAAGUUCCAUUUGAUAACUUGGAACAAUUUCAAAAUUUUGAAAAAGAUAUACAGGAGCAUUCCAGCAAAUUUAAUGAACUGAAGGAGGAAUUUUUCACAGUAUCUGGCCACACAGCUGAAAAGUUCGUAAAAAAUGCUUGGCGCCAAAUUUUUAUCGAUGGUGUUGCGCAGAAUUUGUGUUGGAAGGGUACGAAGGAUAAAAUGGCUGUGAGACCGUUAAGUGUAACAGCUGCCUUAAAAAGUACAUUUUCGUCUAGAUUCCCUCAUGCGACAGAUAUAGAUUUUGAGCGCACCUCUAUAGUCUUCUUCCAGCAUGCUAAGGGACGCUACAUGAAGAAAAAGGCAUACGACUCCAAAAAAAACAAAAACGUAAAAAUUAAAUUUAACUUAAAAGAACAUAAUGUGAUCUCAUUUUAAUUUUUUUAUGAAUAU